CUGCCUGCUCCUGAACGUGCUGCCUGCUCCUGAAAGUGCUGCCUGCUCCUGAACGUGUGUCUGUGUAGCUCUAACAUGUGUUUUUUACUGUUUGUGAGAGAACCUACUCGCUCUAUCCGAGGACUCUUAUUCAGUGGUGAGGUGACCACCUUCAGCACAGAUCCCCUUUGCACCAUGCCUCUGAGAGACUCAGUCACGCUGCUGCUCUGGAGUUGCUGCGUACUACUGCUUGUCCACCAAUGCGAGGGUCAAGCUCUAAAUUGCACGUGUAAUGUGACCAACAGUCGGUGUGAGGAGAAUGCGGUGUGCAGCUGUGACCCGGGUUGGGAGGGGCAGCAGUGCGACGUCUGUGUGAGAAUGCCAGGCUGUGUCCAUGGAUCAUGUCACCAACCCUGGCAAUGCACAUGCGAGCCUGGAUGGACGGGACGCUUCUGCGACAAAGAUAUCCAUGUGUGCACAAAUGAGGCACCUUGCCAGAACGGUGCCACUUGUUACACAAACAUUUCAGGGGAAUACUCCUGCCUCUGCCCCAAUGGAUUUUACGGGAGGAACUGUGAGCACAAGACAGGACCCUGUCAUAAGAUCGGCAAGUCUCCAUGUAAGAAUAGAGGGCAAUGUGAGGACAGUAGCGGCUAUGCACCAGAACUCUCCUGCCGCUGCCUGGCAGGCUUCAGUGGGCCGCGCUGCGAGACCAACAUGGACGACUGCCUGAUGCGUCCCUGUGCCAAUGGUGCCACCUGCCUGGAUGGCAUCAACCGCUUCUCCUGUCUCUGUCCCGAGGGCUUCACGGGCCGGUUCUGCACCAUCAACCUCGAUGACUGUGCCAGUCAGCCCUGCCUCAACGGAGGGCGCUGCCUGGACCGCGCCAGCACCUUCCACUGCCUCUGCAAAGCUGGGUUCACUGGCAGGACCUGCGAGGUUCCCCUACGGAGCCCAGAGAGCCAAUCACCCAUCAGGAGCUCCCAUGGCUGGGCUGGGGGAGGAGAGGGCUGGGGCAGGGUGACUCAGGCCAGGCCAGACCAGAUCACAACAGGGGGGAACCAUUCUCAGGGCAGCAGUAACAGUAAUAGUGGAGACAGGCUGCUGAAGAUCUCUGUGAAGGAGGUGGUGACCCAGUGGGGGUCGUCUGGCCUGUCAGAGGUGCAGCUCAUCACCUUGCUGGUGCUGGGGGGUAUGACGCUGGGCGUGGUGGCUCUCACAGCUAGCCUGGUGCUGAGGGGGCAUUGGCAGGACCGCUGUGCCAGCUGCCGGUGCGGUCCCAUCCUCCGCCUGCACCCGGUGCGACACAUAGACUGCCAGCCGACCCCGCAGAGCCACCUAGUCACAGUGGAGCAGGAGUGUAAGAUCAGCUUCCUGCACACGCCCACGGCCCCCGAACUGGAGAAGAAGAAACUGAACACUGAGGUGAUUUAGACUAGAUUUACCAUCUCCAUAGCCCUGAACACAGGACAGGAGCAGAGAACAGACUGCUUUCAGCAGAGGGAAAGCCAUGCUCUAAAUCCCAGCCCUGCCUGCAUGACUGACAGUACUGACAGUCAAAAUACCGACAACAUACCAAUCUAGGUAUCGAUACCUAGAAAGACGCAGGACCAAGAAGAGACCAGUGGGUAUGUUCAAGGAGAAAUGGUAGGAGAAUGUGUUUGACACUCCUAACAAAAAGAGCAUAGUCCUAAUAUGACGGAUUAUUGCUUGACCACAGGGGUAAGAGGUGCAUAACGAUAAAAUAUACUCAAGUUUUUUGGUGACUUUUGUCACGGACAAUUAAUGUGUAAUUUGUCCAUUCUCAAAAUCUGCUGUUGCGGUUACUUGGCAUGAACUGCAUGUAAGAUAGACGAACUGACAGACAGCUUUGGAAUGUUAGCCGAGACAAUGCCCUUGCCAUGUCAACCAAAUUGGUGUACCGGUAUUUGUCAAUGCUGUUGUAGUCACAAUAUUAGGCCAAAAUGUUAGACUUGAAUGCAGAUGUGCAAUCCUGCCCAUUUACAGUGGGGAGAACAAGUAUUUGAUACACUGCCGAUUUUGCAGGUUUUCCUACUUACAAAGCAUGUAGA